AUGGAUGCGAUCUCUUUCGUCCUAGGAAUCAAGUCCUCCCAUCUACGAUCGACGAACCUUCGCGACCUUGUUUACCGCGGCCGUGUACUACGCACAUCCAGAGUCGAUGCUGAUGGCAAUGCCAUCGACGGAGAGACCAAUGGAGAUGCGCAGGACGGUGACGACGUCGAGCCAUCGCAGGAUCCGAGCGGAGCGAACGAUCCACGCACGGCCUGGGUGAUGGCCGUCUACGAGGACGAUGCCGGCGAGGAACAGCAAUGGCGACGAUCGAUCACCAGCCAAGGUGUCAGCGAGUAUCGAAUCAACAACCGCACCGUGACGGCGCAACAGUACAACGAGGCCCUCGAGUCUGAGAACAUUCUCAUCAAGGCGCGCAACUUCCUUGUGUUCCAGGGUGAUGUGGAGGCGAUUGCUUCGCAGUCCCCCAGGGAUCUCACGCGCCUGAUCGAGCAGAUCUCCGGCAGUCUCGAAUACAAGGCCGAAUACGAGCGUCUAAAGGCCGAGGCGGAGGAGGCUGCGGAACAGCAAACUGUGCAGCUUAACCGCCGCCGAGGUAUCAACUCCGAAAUUAAGCAAUACCAGGAACAAAAGCGCGAGGCCGAGAACUACGCCCGGAAGGCAGAGGAGCGCGACCAAGCUAUCAUCACCCACAUCCUGUGGAAGCUCUUCCACUUCCAGCGUACGAUUGACGAGUCCAGCGCCGAGAUCCUCAAGUACCAGGACGAGCUGAAGGAGUUCCGCCGCAACGUUGAGAAAUACGAGAAGAAUGUCGAGGAGGCCAAGAAAGAUCACGCUCGGGUUGGUCGGGACGUGGCAAAGGCCGAGAAGAACAUAACGAAGAAAGAAAAGGAAAUCGAGGAGUCUACCAACGCCCUCGUCCCUGUCGAUGAGAAAGUCGACAUCACUAUGAAGAAGGUGGAACGGUUUGCCUCUCGAAUUGCUGAGAUCGGUAAAGAGAGGGAGGCUCAGUCUUCUAAUGCAAAGCAAUUGGAAAAAGACCUCAAGGUUGUCGAAAAAGCUCAGGCCCACAAGAAGGGCGGCCAGUUGAGCGAAGCUGAUCAGCAAGAAUACAACAAGCUUAAGGAAGAGGUCAACAAGCGAUCAUCUGCCGAACAGCUGAACCUCGACAACCUACGGCGCCAGCGCAAGACCGAAGCCGAGGCCUACAAUAGUCUUAAAUCGAAGUUCGAGGGCACGGAAUGGCAGCUCAAGUCUCUGGAGACUGACACCCAGUCCAUGGACGAACGAAAAUCGUCGCUUAAUGACACCGUCAAGACAACGUCCAAGGACAUUGACCGCAAGAAGAAGGAGCUCAACACCCUUACGUCCGAGCGAUUGCGGGUCUCUCAGAUGAGGACGGAACUCGAGGAGAAGCUUCAGGCGGUCUUGAAGAAGCUCCUCGAGGCUGACGAUGGCAAGAAACAGAGCGAGAAGGAGCUCCGAGCGAAGGAGUUGAUUUCGACCUUGAGACGUAUUUUCCCAGGUGUCAAAGGCCGAGUCAGUGACCUCUGCAAACCUAAGCAGAAGAAAUAUGCCGAAGCUGUCAGCACGGUGCUUGGCCGACACUUCGACGCGAUUGUCGUUGACAAUGAGAAGACUGCCAAGGAGUGCAUCCAGCACCUGCGUGACCAGAGAGCCGGCCAGGCGACGUUCAUCCCCUUGGAGACAAUUCAAGUGAAGGCUUUCAAUUCCAACCUGAAGGGAAUGCACCGCGGGAUGCGCCCGGCUAUCGAAACGGUGGACUACGAUGACUCGGUUGCGAGAGCCAUCAGCUACUCCUGCGGGAACGCCAUUGUGUGCGAUGAUUUGGCCACGGCUAAGUAUCUCUGCUACGACAAACACGUGGAUGCUAAGGCGGUCACUCUCGAUGGAACAGUGAUCCAUAAGGGUGGUUUAAUGACUGGUGGUAAAGGACCUCAGCAGAACUCGAAGCGAUGGGAGGACUCCGAGGUGGAAAACUUGUACAAGCUGAAGGACAAGCUGUUAGCUGAUCUUAACAGCCUUCCUAAGGGCCACCGCCGGGGAACCGAAGAAGAAACCCUACAGGGUGAGCUCGUCGGCCUUGAGCAGCGCUUGGCCUAUGCUCGAGAUGAACUUAAGGCUCUCGAGAGGAAUCUCGAGAGCAAGCGCACAGAGUUGGAUCACGUCAAGCGUCUGUUGGAGGAACUCAGACCGAAAUACUUUGAACGGCAGGAGGCUUUGGAAGAGCUCGACCAGACCAUCACCGAAUCACAGGAGUCCGUUAGCAGUGUUGAGGACGAUAUUUACAGCAAGUUCUGCAAGCGUCUUGGGUACAGCAACAUCCGCGAAUACGAGGUCCAACAAGGUUCUCUACACGAAGAGGCGGCUCAAAAGAAGCUGGAAUUCACGACGCAGAAGAGCCGAAUUGAGAACCAGCUGAGCUUCGAGAAACAGCGACUCCAGGCGACCGGCGAUCGUAUUGCCAGUCUCGAGGCUCAACACCAGCGUGAUGAGAACUUGAUCGAGGAGCUCCGAGCAGAGCAGGAGGAAAUCGGAAACCGGUUAGACGAAUUCAAUGCGGAACUUGAUAUUCUUCGAGAGCGCCUUGAAGAGCAGAGGGAGGCAUAUGCACACUCUGCUGAGAAUCUGGCGCAACACCGCAGGGAACUUCAGAAGCGCAGCAAAGAAGUCGAAGGGACGCUGAAGAAUGUCAACGCCUUGGAGACAGACGUUCAACGCAACUCAUCCAGCCGAUAUGCUCUUCUUCGGCGCUGCAAGCUCGAAGACAUUGAUAUCCCGCUGACAGAAGACUCCAACCCUCUGGAACAGCUUCCCAUUGAUGAUCUCAUUCAAGCAGCCGAUCCGGAUGCGAUGGACGUGGAUGAAGAUGGCGCCGGAGCAGGUGACACAUUUGCUGUGCAAGACUACGGUAUUGAGGUCGACUUUGAGUCGUUGGGAGAGACUCUUAAAGAGGAGAAUGAUGACAAGCUGGAAGAGGAAUUGUUGGACAAAGUACGAACGCUCGGCGGUGAACUCGACAAGAUGGCGCCCAACACACGAGCCAUCGAGCGACUGGAGAGUGUCGAGAACAAACUCCGUGGCACCGAAAAGGACUUUGACGAAGCGCGCAAACACGCUCGGAAGGCCAAGGAAGACUUUGAGGACGUCAUGCGCCAGCGAUCCGAUCUCUUCAACAAGGCCUUCACCCAUAUUUCCGAUCAGAUCGCUCCUAUCUACCGCGAGUUGACGAAGAGUGCCAACUACCCGUUGGGUGGACAAGCCUACCUGGAUAUUGAGGACUCGGAUGAGCCCUAUCUCGACGGUAUCAAAUAUCACGCGAUGCCUCCGCUCAAGCGUUUCCGAGACAUGGAGCAUCUCUCGGGUGGUGAGAAGACCAUGGCUGCUUUGGCCCUGUUGUUUGCGAUCCACUCGUAUCAGCCGUCGCCAUUCUUCGUGCUGGAUGAAGUCGAUGCCGCUUUGGACAACACCAACGUGGCACGGAUUGCCAACUACAUCCAUGACCAUGCCGCACCUGGUAUGCAGUUCAUUGUGAUCAGUUUGAAAACUGGCCUGUUCCAGAACAGUGAGGCCUUGGUGGGUAUCUACCGGGACCAGACUGAGAACAGCAGUAAAUCAUUGACUCUUGAUCUUCGGAAAUAUAACUAA